AUGCAUCCGUUCUCCCUGUCGCCAAGAGGCCAGGAUGGAGAUCCGGAUGUGGGGCUUCACUUUGCGCUGGAUGUCAUCAAUGGCCGAUCACUUCCAAUCAGUCAGUUCACAUCACUGUCCACUACAGUUCACUGCCCGCUGCAGUUCUCCAUCACCGCCAUCAGGCUUACCGCUGCCUAUUGCUACCAGGGCCCGCCACCUAGCAGCUACCAGGGCCCGCCACCUAGCUGGUAUCAGCCCGCUGCCUGGUUUCAGGCCCCGCUACAUAGUAUCAAGGCCCGCCAUCACCGCCAUCUAUCUGCUAUCAGGGCCUGCCAUAAGGGUCCCCAAUACACUCAGGGAGUGCCCGCUACGCCCAGGGAGUGCCCGCUACGCUCAGGUGGUGCCCGCUACACCCAGAGAGUCCCCGCUACGCUCAGAGGGUGCCCGCUACGCCCAGAGGGUGCCCACUACGCCCAGAGAGUCCCCACGACACCUAAGGAGUCCCAGUCCCCACUACACCCGCAGAUCAAGAUAAGAAUGGAUUUCAGCAAUAUUCUUAAUAUCGAAGGAAGUUUAGGGGAUGUGGAGCGACCACUGCCAGUGGUUUCAAGUUCAGAGUCACAACACGGUAUUGGGAGAAAAAGAGGAGGAUCAUGGCUCCCUUGGGAGGAUCGGCUUUUAGCUAAAGAGGUAUUGGCUCGAGACCCGAUAACCAACAGGGAAGGCAGAAAGGAGGAUAGAUGGAAGGAAAUAGCAAGGAAUCUAGAAUCAUUAAAUAUGCAACGGUCUUGGGCUUCUUGUAAAGACCGAAUAAGUAAAUUGAUUGAGUAUCAUAGGCAAGAACAAAUAAAAGCAAGGCAAGCAACGGGUACCAAUGAAGAGGUUACAGAUUUCAUUUCGAAUAUGGACAAUAUUAUUCUACUUUCCGACUCUGUAUCCAUGGAUCAAGAGAUCCGUAAAAAGGCAAAAGCAAAACUGUAA